ACGCCCCACUCCAGUACGGAGUAGUCCAGUCCAGUUCCACCAGCUCACAGCCACCGGAAGCAGCAGCCCCACACUGCCCACGCACGCGGACGCGGCCACGCGCUCUGCGCCACCACCAGCCGGCCGUUCCCGGCUCGCCGCCGCCGUUGCGCCCUCGCGCUCACACCUCCGCCAGCUCAGGUCCAUCGAGCGGAGGAACCCAUGGCGCCCUCCCCGCUGCUCGUCCGGCCGCCGGCGAUGGCGAAUUCACCCCUUCCGCCUCCCCGAUGCGCGGCCGCGGUGGCAGCGGCGCCGGCGGUACGGACGGCUCCCGCGGCCCCACUCUCUAGGCUCCGUACCAAGUGUAGGUUCGCCGCAUCGGAUGUGAGAGAAGACUACUCUUCCACCCCGAUAGAUAUUGUCGCUGAUGUGAAGACGGAGAAGAUUGUGGUGUUGGGAGGAAGUGGAUUCGUUGGCUCUGCGAUCUGCAAAGCUGCUGUCGCGACAGGCAUUGAGGUUGUGAGCUUCAGCAGGUCAGGAAGACCAGCUUACUCUGAUCCCUGGGUUGAUCAAGUCAAUUGGCUAGCAGCACCUCAAUAUGAUGUAGGAGAUGUUUUCUAUGCAAGAUGGGAUGAAGUAUUGGUUGGGUCUACCGCUGUUGUGUCUACCCUUGGAGGAUUUGGCAAUGAAGAACAAAUGAAAAGGAUAAAUGGUGAGGCAAAUGUCAUAGCAGUAAACGCUGCAAAAGAAUAUGGAGUGCCGAAAUUCAUUUUAAUCUCUGUUCAUGAUUACAAUCUUCCAUCCUUUCUUCUUACAUCGGGUUACUUCACUGGUAAGAGAAAGGCGGAAUCUGAAGUCCUUUCCAAAUACCCAGCCUCAGGUGUUGUGUUGAGGCCAGGCUUCAUUUACGGUAAAAGGAAAGUAAAUGGCUUUGAGGUACCGCUGGACGCUGUUGGACAGCCAUUGGAGAGGCUGCUCUCCUCUGUUGAAAAUUUCACCAAACCAUUGAACUCACUGCCUGCCUCUGACCUAAUCCUUGCACCCCCUGUGAGCGUGGACGAUGUUGCCUAUGCAGUAAUCAACGGAGUCGUAGAUGACAGCUUCUUUGGGGUGUUCACCAUUGAACAAAUCAAGGAAGCCGCAGCCAAGGUAAGAGUGUGAGCCUUAGGGUCUUGUUCCCCAGUGUAUGAAGGUAUUAUAGGUGGGAAGUUCAUAAACCCAGCAGUAACUAAAGGUCCUUUGUUCUUCCUUUCUCCCUGAAUCUUUUACCAUAGUCAAUAGUUCAAAAAGUGCAGCAUUUUUUUUCUGCUGGAAUUUUCUAACAUUUAUGACUUAAGAGCUAACAAAAUAUGUAGUACCGUGGGCCACAGAAUUGUUACGUUGGUUCA